AUGAACUUCCUGCACAUUGACAUAUCAAACACCCUAACGAUCCUCAGGUUCCUGGAAGGAGUGCUCUCCGUCUGCACUUCCGCCGUGAUGUUGAGAGCAUGCGAAUUACUACAAUGGUCUCUGUCUAGCAGGAGGGACGGUGUUGAUGCACUGUGCUUGCUCGGACUUUCGCCAACGACGGGGAUUCUUGGAACAAUCGGUCUUGCCUUCAGCAAACACGGUUCCUGGAAGGAUCGAUUGGCUGCAAGUACGAGAAUCGGGCUGUCGAGUGCGGUUUGGAUCUCCGGGGUCGUAUUGUUCGCACGGACGCAACUAAAGGUGGUAUAUGACUCCGUAAGCACUUAUAACGUCACGGCCGGUGUUGGCCAGUUCAAUGGAUCAUACAUACCCGAAUAUCUGCAGCAAUACCAGCAAACCAACACUGGCUACGAAUUCGUCGUGUUGCCAUAUUCAAUCGUGGCCACAGCGUCAAACCUGGUUGUCAACCCGAUGCAUGCAACAACCAUAGAUCCAGUGACGUGUGAAGAUGGCAUGGUCUGCAAUGCAUACCUGAUAUCGGGCGGUUUGAUCAUGACAACGCCCUGGCCACCAACAAAUUAUCCGUUGUAUCCAGUUGUGACAAUUCCAGGCGUUCCCUCACUACAGAUCGACUUUGUCCGAGGGAUACGCAAUGACACAUUUAUCGAUUCUAAGGAUUGCCAGGUGUUUGGUCAACCAGGGUUUCUGAUCGGCAUCAAAUUCUGCCUCGCACGGAGCCAGUCGGCGGUGGGCUCAUUAUUCGCGGGCAUUUUUGUUUGCACUCAAGGAAUAGUCGAGAAUGAAUGCUGGACAGAACCGAAACCGCCGGAGGUCACCACAACCUUCUCGAUCCACCGUCGUCUUGCCUCGGUAACAACCGCGAGAUCCAACUUCUCGAUUCUCUCCAUCGACAAGGUCACCGAUCCUGUGCAAGACACAGAUCUUGAUGUUGAAGGGCUCAAAAAUGCUUUUGCAUGGCUCUUUAAUUUCAGCGCGGCAGGAAUCCCUGCCCCCGCUUCCAUUGCGCAGUACUUCUGGACAGUUCAGGACCAGUUGGAAAGUGAAUAUUGGUCUAUUGAGCCGUAUCAGACCUUCCACAGUAUUCUAGCCUUCCCGUUUUGGCUGUUUAAUUUCAAUAACUUUGGAAACGUUCAGCUGGAAGCGAGAAACAUUGUGGCCGGACUGCCACCUGAGUUUUACACGGAAGCCUCGAUUGGGGCUCCUUAUGCAAAAAUAGCCGUCGAUCGUCCAAUGUUCAUAGUGUUUUGCGCUCUGCAGGCACUGGUCCUAGGCAUUGUGUGGGCUGUUCUGAUCUGGCUGUGGACAACAGGCGCGUAUCUCCCAGAGCUCUCCUCAUAUCCAUUAAUCGAUUUCGCAACCAAAACUCAACUUGUAGACACGUCUCAAGGCACAGCUGAACCUUGGGCCAUCCGGAGAGCAAACCAAAUCUUGGAUAAGGCUACAACCGAUCAGUCGAUUAGAAAAGCUUUCAUGCACGAAAGAGUGACGAUUAUCAGGAGCGAGGCUAAUACGGACCUUCAAGCAAAGGUGGAAAGAAAGACAGCAGCAGCAUCUUCCGCUGUGUCAGUGCCACUAGAUGAAACUGUUGUCGUUGGCGUGGGCGUCCAACGGUCAAGAACGGUAUGA